AAAAUUUUUUUUCACUGUUGUGGACUUGUGGCAUAUUACUAAAUGAAUGCGUUUGAUUUGUUAUUUUAAACAUAUUAAAUGUCAGUAUUUGUGACAUUUUAAUCAAAUGUCUCGAUAUUCUAUAUUCUUUUUUGUUUUUUUUUUACAAUUAAUUAUUACUAGUCCUUAUACACUUGUUGGACGUAGUGGUCAUACCGCAAGUUAUAUGGACAAUAAAAUUUAUUUUCUUGGCGGAAGAACAAAAAUUUAUCGUGAUGGUACCAAUGAUUUUUUUUGUUUAGACGUUUCAAAACCUUUUAAUUUGGAUUCUACUUUACCAAUAGUAGUUGAUUUAAGUAACGAUGCUCGUCAAAUUUAUCCUCAUAAAAAUGGGGCGUCAGCUAUUUGUGGUCCUAACAAAGAUACGAUCUAUCUAAUUUGUAGAGCUUCUAUGAGUUAUUCUUAUAGAUUUAUUAAUAAUAAAGAGUGGGUUCCGGGUACAAUAUUCAUUCCUGAAUGGUCAUCAACCGUCUGUAAUAAAAAUGGAUCAUAUAUAUAUACAUAUGGUAGUUAUCAUUAUGAUGUUAAAAAACAUGCGAUGUAUACGAUGUCUAUUACAGAUACUACCAGCUGGAAUUCAGGAUUGUCUGAUUUGGAUAUAACGAAUAAUCUUGGUCUGUCGAUCUUAUUACCAGAUGAAAGAAUUGCUUAUAUCGGUUAUAGCGGCGAAAGAAUAGAUGAUUUUGUGGAUUUUAAUUUUCGGAAUACUUAUAUAUAUGAUACCAAUUAUGGAACAUGGGAAAAUAUGAGUACAAGUGGAAUUGAACCAUCACCUAGAAUAUCAUACACAGCGGUCUUAACACAGGAUGGUCUUAUUAUUAUUUAUGGAGGAGCAAACUUUAUGACUCCUGUUCCUGAUCAAAUCUUAGUUUUAGAUACCAAAGUAGACCAUUUUAAUUGGUCCACUCCUAAUAUCAAUCCUGCACCUAGCUCUGCACCAUUCCGUGGACAUACGGCUACUCUUGUUGAAAAUUAUAUGAUUAUUGCAUUUGGAUCAUAUUACAGUAGUACUACUCAUGAUGAUGUUUUUAGUGAUCAAAUUCAUAAUGAUUGAUGUGAACGAAAAAAAUAAUUACAAGUGGGUUAAAAGUUUUACUCCAACACUUGCAACUACUCCAAAUAUUACAAAAACAGCUUAUCCAACUAAAUCAGCAAUAAUAGGUGGAACAACUGGUGGUAUUGCAACUAUAAUAAUUAUUAUGUCUGUUAGUUACUUAUUAUAUCGUAGAAAGAGAGAACUGUUAUAUAUGCUCCCCAAGCUAAACAUGCAAUUAACUGUUAAGUUUUAUAGAAUGUUAGAUAGGCGACAAAAAUUAUAUUAUGUUGCCAAAUGGCUUAUCCCAACCAUAUAAGAUUCUCCAGGGAAUUGACCAAGGAGAAGUGGUCUCCCCUCUUCUAUGGAAUAUCUAUUAUGACCCGAUGUUCCGAUGUUAAAUCUAGAUAUUUAUAUUAA